CAAAUUUUGGAACAUUUGCUUUUUUUUUUUUUUUUUAAGCUACAUGAGUCACCUGUAAGCCACAGGGUGGAUUGUUCUCUUUCACCAGUCCUCCCUGAUUAUUCUGAUCCAAUGGAUGGGUCUUUUGGAUGCGGCUUGCUUGGUGUGUUUGGACAAACUUGAUUGGCAGGGCAGUUUUGCCAAGCAUCUUCUGAGUGCCCAAGUUUGGGUUUCUCCCCUUGGCAAGGAAAUAGGUUGUUUCUGUUUCUUUAUGGAGCACAUGUGUGGCUAUUCCAUCCAUCCACUCACCACCAAACAUUCCUUCAAUGGCUGCUGCUGGGUCCCAGGAACCAGGGUGAGAGCUAGGAAUAGUGGGAGGAGGAAGAAGCUGCCCUUGCCCAAUGUGGUAGGAGAGGCAGACUGGACUGCAGGUUCCCCAAAAGCCCAGCAUGGGACCAUCAUUUCCUUUAGAAUGUAACAAAUAAGGAUAAUGCAAAAUGCCACCUUCAUGGACACGUGGGGGUUCUGAGAAGUGGUAUUAGGACAACUUAUUGGGGGAGGGUAGAACACUAACUGGAGAGGAGGGAAGGACCUUUGGGGCACAGUGACCAGCCUGGACAAGGAUGUGGAUGCCGGCAAGGGGAAGUGGGAAGUAGCAAGGAGCAUCAGAGCUGCCAGAGUGUGCAAGGGUGGGAGCAGGCAGUGUUCAGAGAGGGGCUGGGAGGGCUGGCUGGGGCUCAGGAAGGAGGAGCAACUCCCAGGAAGGGAAUUCCAUGCCUCGAAGGGCUUCUAGGUUUGUUAACAGCCCCUGAAGUGGAGGCUGCUGGGUGGUGGGGAUAGGGCAUGGGGGCUGUGCUGGGACAGAAAGGGAGGAUGGGGCAAAAGCCUCAUUGUCAGAGCCAACAUGUGAGUCGGAAUCCCAUCUGUGGCCCUUCGGGUUCCCUUUGACCUCGUCCUUGCUCCAUAUUCUCAAGUCUUUGGGUUCCCUGCUUUACCUGGCUCUCAAGUCUCUGGGUUCCUGCUUUACCUGGCCCGUACUCUGUUUCCAUUCCCCGUCUCUGCCCUCGGUGACUGGGGAGUAAGCAUGAUGACUCUUGCUCAGGAGUGAUGCUGGCCCUGAGUAACUUCAAGAGAAGCAGACAGAGAGGAGGAUGCGGGCAUGGGGAGGCCUGGAAUUCAGCCCCCUUCCCCUGCCGACUUGCUGUGUGGCCUCAAGCCAGUCACUGCCCCCUCUGGGCUUUAGCGUCCGCACCUUCUACAAGGGCAUCUGGGAAGAUAUCCCGGGGCCGGGCACCUUGCAGAGCCAGGACCACAGUCUUUUCCACUCUUCCUCCUCCCGCCUCACCCAGUCCCAGGUGGGAAGCAGUGGCAGAAAGCCACCUUCCCCUUCUCAGGAACCUCAGCGCUAGCUCAUUAGUUAUCCACGUGCUCACCAGAAAAUCAGGCUUUAAAUGGCAUGUGUUCCAUUAGGGUCAAUCUCAACUUAGAGAACUCUGUAGUCCCCUGGGUGGUUUUUUGGUUCUUACUAUCAUGGAAUUCAGUUCAAAUGAAGCAGUUCUAGAAAACUGCCUUUUCAUUCUGUAGCACGUGUGAGGAGGAGAGAAUGUGUGUGUCUUAGAGCAAGGGGAGGGUGACCAGUACUGCGUCAUAAGUCCUCGAAGAUCACUGGGUGCACUCCACCAUGGAUGUUUUUGACAAAGAGCUGCUGAGUGAAAUGCCCCGUGUCAGUGCUGUGCUAUGAGAGGAGAGAUAAACGUUCAUCCCUGGCAGAAAGUGAGCAGACGCUCAAGGACACCCUGGCAGCACAGAGGGGCAGGAGCUGGCCUGGAGCAGGGCCUGAGGGUUGGAGCUGGAGGUGGAAGGCUUGCACGUGCACCUUGGCAAUAAACACCAGUGGCUCACUAGUUUCAAACACUAGUUCCAGAAUUCCAGUUGCUAAUCCUUCCAGCUGCGUGGCAAUACGAUUUAUGAGGUUUUAGAACAGACCAGUAUUGAAUCAACCUUCUCUUAAUGGAGGCUUCUCCUGAAAUCCAGUGUUUCCUGCCAUCCUGGUUCCCUGUAAACUAGCCCCUCAGCCCGAGGGUGCAGGCUGGGCUUUGGAGGUGCUGGGGGCCUGGGAUGCUUUGGAGGACCCUGUGGUGCUGGCCCCUCGCUCCUCAACCUCUGGCUGUGGUGACAUCGUGUGGCCUGCUGUGGAAUUACAACUUGGUAGAGGGAAGCCCCCCUCUGCCGUGGCCCGUCUGCCUUCUUUUCCUCUGUUGCUCUCUCUCUCCUGUUCUGCUUUUUCUCCUUCUUUUUUUCCCCAUAGACUCGGCUUUGCAACCGGAGAGGCUGGUCCGUUUGCCCCUGGGGAAGCACUUUUUCAGGCCGGGAGAAAUGUUGUCUCAAGUCUCAGGAAAUCCAUGCUUUGGGGGAUGGCCCUCGCCAGCCAGAGCCAGAUUUCUUCGUGUGUUCCUUGAAGUCCAGAGACCCGGGCUUUGUAAGGUGCUCCGUGUCCUUGCCUUUGCUUAUCCCUACGCCUGGGACUCCCUCCCCAUCUUCUACAGGCUAUUCCUGUUCCCAGGGGAGAGUGCACGAAAUGAAGCCACCUUGUACCACCAGAAGCACAUGGUCAUGACCCUCUUGGCCAGUUUCUUGUACUCUGCACACCUGCCAGAGCGCCUAGCCCCUGGACGCUUUGACUACAUCGGUCACAGUCACCAGCUGUUCCACGUGUGUGUGAUUCUGGCCACCCACAUGCAGAUGGAAGCCAUACUUCUGGACAAGACUCUGAGGAGGGAAUGGCUCCUGGCCACCUCUAGGCCCUUCUCUUUCCCUCAGAUAGCUGGAGCCAUACUUCUGUGCGUCAUCUUCAGCCUCAGUAACAUAAUUUAUUUCUCAGCUGCUCUGUAUCGGAUUCCCGAGCCAGAAUUACAUAAAAAAGAAACAUGACUCAGACCAUAAGCUUUUCUGCCAGAUGUCAACAUUAAGCUAUAACACCUUCAACCACCAUAAGCUGGUGGCAUGAUCCUAGCUUAUGACGGCCUCAAACACUCACAAUGAUUGGUGUCUUGGCAUUUUUGAAUGAGUUCAGGCCAAAAAGACAUUUAACUGGGGAAAUUUCUUUAAAUGUGCACUGAAAUAAUGUGUGAUUUUAAAAGGGGAAUGUGGGUUUGAGCAAGUCCUUGUUAAGGCAAAUUAUUGAUAUUUCAUUAAGUUUUAAAUUUAUUUAAAACACAGCUUUUAGUUCUAUUUAAACAGGUGGAUUAAGCAUAUUA